AUGGUCGAAACCGCUUUGGCGCCCUUGCCCCUUCCCUCGCUCCCAAGCGCGGCUACUCACGCAGCCCCGCCACGAUCGUUGCUGUGUGUUCGAACGCAGGGCGAGCUGGUGCUGCAGAAGCGGUCGUCCUCGAAAGAUACGUUUCCGGGGAUGUGGGACGUUAGCGUGGGCGGGCACUUCACGGCAGGGGAAGAGAGCCUGGAGACGGCCAUCAAGGAGACCGACGAGGAGCUGGGCUUGAGCUGCGACGAGAGCAGCCUGCGCUUCGUGUGCACGGUGGCCACCACAGCCAAGGGGAGCACCGACAUGCACGGCGACUUCGUCUGCAACGAGUACAAGGACAUCUACCUGCUUCGGCACGACGGACCAGUGCAAGACCUAAAGUUUUCGCCCAGCGAGGUCGAAGACGUCAAGCUCGUGCCGAUGCAGGCGCUCAAGGAAGCUUACGAGGCCCAGGACCCAACGUACAUCCCGCGACCGGACUACUACGUCGAGCCCCUCUUCAAGGCUUUGGAAGAAGCCCUCUAGCACCCCCAACGUUGGUGCCUACACCUCACCGUUGCCGUGACACACGACGAUUGAUUGCGUAGGGCCCGCGCUCACGAACCUCUGAUUUUUGCCGAGGCUCGUUUCUUACUUUGUCUACGGGGUGGACUGUACCCCCACGGCGACUAUGUUGGCCUUGGUUGGACUGACGAUAUUGGUGUUUGUGUAGGCUUCUUGGCUGAGUACAUGUUCUUUUAGGCCAAGUUCUCCUCUCUUGGGAAUUUUGAGGCUCACGUCCUCAACUACCGCGUUUCUUAAGUGAGGGCCGGUUCUGUACGAGGAGCAACUGUUACGCGUGAGGGAACCGGAGUUCCUUCGGAGGGUUGACCCCCCUUGGGCAGACGUCCCUCUGCACCCCUCCGAAGCCAGGCGGGGUAGAGGGUAUUUCUUACUCUUGUUUGGGCCACAGAAUGACUUUGAUUUUGUCGAUACGAACUACUAGGGAGGUG